GCUUUAACCGAGGAGCGUAAUUCAAACUCACACUUCAAUAGAUGAUCACAGCUGAUGCUGCGAGGAGCAAUUAACUGUAACUUCCAUCAGGUCGAAAUGAAACGCGGCCCAACAGAAGGGUCAAGGACGCUGAAAUAACUCAAGUGAGGACGAUAAAGCGUAUCUGAGAUGCUCGAGCAGACAUUUAACUAUUCUCAGCAAGGGAUUUGCGCCGCUUUUAUCGCUACAUGCUUGUUUCAAUGCACUUAAAAAAAAAACAGCCUGACACUGAACUGAUUCGAAACACAAAUGCAACGGUUUUGUGCACGGCGCAUACAGAAAGUUAUUCACGGGAUUACCAAAACAGAGUGUGUCAGUGUAUGACACUGUGAAACAUCAUCACCUGAGAAGCACAGGGGAGACCGCUGCUCCCACAGACUUCAGGACUUCAUAACUGUACAUACAAGAUCAUAUGAGUGCAGCGUUCAGUUCACCGUUCAUGAUGAUGCAGCGUCCGGUGGGAAGCACCACUGCAUUCAGCAUCGACUCGCUCAUCGGCGGUCCACCACAGCCGAGUCCGGGACAUUUCGUGUACACGGGCUAUCCCAUGUUUAUGCCAUACCGGUCAGUGGUGCUGCCUCCGCCACCUCCUCAGACCUUGCCUCAGAGCGCUCUUCCCGCGACCCAUCCACACCACCCCAUCCCGGGCUUACCCAGCGGGUUCUGCUCCAGUCUGGCGCUCACAUCCACUCUAAUGGCCUCGCUACCCGGCGGCUUCUCCAGCUCGCCGUCUCAACAGCACCAGGACGCAGCGAGGAAGAUCGGAUCUCAGUCUAUUCACGCCAUGUUCGAUAAAUCUCAGGAUAUUCGUUUGGAUGGAGAGGAUGGAAAAACUUUUCCAAUUACGAAAGAGUCAACGGCGCUUCAGUCAUUCCACGACUCCCAAUCGGUGCACACCUCUACAGUUCGAGGUCACAGCAAAGACGACCCGAAGGAGGAUGAGUGUCACAGGAAAGAUGAGAGCUUCUCCAUGGACAGUGAUUUAGAUUACAGCUCCGACGAUAACGCGCCCGGCAACACGAUGUGUCAAAAAGAUGACGGAGAUGCCAGCGGAGGACUGGACGAUAGCGUCCACGGUGGGAAUGGGUCCGGGAACACCACGUCUACCGGGAAAAACCGGAGAAGGAGGACGGCUUUUACGAGCGAGCAGCUCUUAGAACUGGAGAAGGAGUUUCACUGUAAGAAAUACCUGUCGCUUACAGAGCGCUCACAGAUCGCCCAUGCCUUAAAGCUCAGCGAGGUGCAGGUCAAGAUCUGGUUUCAGAACCGGAGAGCCAAAUGGAAACGGGUCAAAGCGGGCAACGUGAACUCCAAAACCGGAGAGCCCUCCAGAAACCCCAAAAUUGUGGUGCCCAUUCCGGUACAUGUUAGUCGGUUUGCUAUACGCAGCCAACACCAACAGUUAGAACAGGCCAGACCUUGAUAUACCCAGGUUGAGUUGGGGGGCCAAGAGAAAUGUUAGAGAGAGGAAACAGGUGAACUUUUCUUGAAAAAGCAGAUGUUUCUAGGGAAUCCAAGAGGAACCUGUUUAAACGAGUUGUUGAAACUGGGGAAAAGAAGCAACAAACUCUGCUCGAGCGAAAGUUUAAAAGACCUCAUACUGGAAGAAUUUUGGACCAAAUCACAAAAAAUUUUAGUUCAUGAAAUUCCACUAUGUAACCUAUUUAUAUAUAUAUAUAUAUAAAAAAAUAAAAACAUAAAAAUCUUUUUAUGUUUAGCUUUGUGUGAUUGUCUAGUUCAUGUGUUUUGGCAGAGAUGAAUAUUAUCCUAAAAGGAGCACUUCUGGUCUCUUCUGAAGCACACAAUGAAUAGGCCUACCAUUCCCUUGAAUUUAUAAAACGACCUGUUAGAUCUGUGCUCUUUAUUUUACAUGGUAAAUAUACUUUGAUUUUCUGUUCAAUUGCAUUCGUUUUUCCAAUUUUCUGUAAUCUUUUCAGACACCACGGGCACGCUGCUAAUUUAUUUAAUAUUGUGAGAAGAAAAAACUUGCUAACGUUUCAUGAUUUUACUGACUUCCGAUUAUUGUGUGGAUUAAAGCUGGACCAUAAACAAUUGUAAAGAAAGUGUUGAUUGUCGUUUUUUAUUUU